AUGAAUUUGCCACCAGAAUGCAUCCCUUUAAUCCUAAUUCACCUGAAAGCAGACAUAAAGACUUUACAUUCUUGUCUUUUCGUUAAUCGUCUUUGGUGUAGUGAAACCGUGAGAAUCCUAUGGCAUCAACCAUUCAGGCAUCUAUAUACUAGUGACUGUCAGAUGGAGAUAAGAAUAUUGCAGGCCGAAAAUUUAAUCCUUACAUAUUUAUCAUGCAUAUUCUAUCAAUAUAAUGAGGAAUUGGUGAAAAACUCUGUCAUUUUAACACCUGUGAAAAAACCUCUAUUUAACUAUAUUCAAUUCUUGAAGAACUUGGAUUUACUCGAUUUCUUUGCUGUCAUUCAAGGCUGCACUGAAUCUGAGCAUACUCAUACCUUCGAAAAUUAUAAACUUGCUAUAUCUUAUAUUCUACUAGAUAAUUCAUCAUCUAAACCCGUCGGAACUUUAGUAAAUGGGUUCAUUGGCACGGACUUAUUAAACAUUAUAAGCAAAUUAAUCGCGGACCACUCAACAGGACUUUAUAGAUUAUCGUUAGACGCCGAGGGUAGUGAAGGAAUAAAGGUUGUGUUUAAAAAGAAUAUGAUUAUUAAACCAAAGAGUUACCUAUACGUCAUGAAACUUUUUGACUCAAAGGGUCAUUUGUCUCAACUUGCCGAACUCAUUAUGACAACAAAAGUCUUCAAUAAAGCGAAAAUAUUAUUGGCGUUAAUUCCAGUUUCUAGGAACCUGAAGAAAAUAGUAGUAAGAGUGGAUUAUAUAAUUAAUGUUAGAUCUUUUCGGUACAGAGAGUAUGAAGAAUAUCUUGUUAAACAAGAUGCAAAGGCUCUGUCCGGUUUGAUCGCGGCACAAGAAAGUUUAGUGCAUCUUGGGUUGCAUGGUUGUGCCGAAGGGUUAGAUAUUUUGUUGGCGUCAAUUGAGAGUCAAGCAAACACUUUAAAGUAUUUGUCAUUUGUAAAAGUUCAUUUUCACGGCUUUGACAUGUUCAAACACAUAGCUCCUUUGAGAAAUUUAGAGCAGAUUCAAUUUAGUUAUUGUACAUUUGAUCUAAAAGAUGCUUCGAGUCCUUAUCGUUUCGAGAAUAAUUUUCCAAAGCUAGUGAAACUUGAAACACAAGGGUCUACAAAUGCUGAUUAUGCAGUCGAAAUUUUGAGGUCAGCUGCCUGUAGUUCUUUCAACGUUGAGUGUGAACCUCGUAACUCGAUAUUUAACUUAGAAUAUUG